CUGUGCCAGGAAGUAGACAUCAAUAAAUCAUCAAGCAAGAGCCUGUGUCCAGGUAUCUCUGAACUGAGAACUUGGCCAGAGGCAAGACAAAAAACAUUCAGCUCAGAUUUCAAAAUAAGUUCAGCAGAAGGACGGUGCUGGAGGAAGAACAAUUCAGUGCGAGGAUUCAUUCCAAGCCAGUUCCUCUUUAUUCUGUCAUUCUAUUUCCUGUGAUAGGUGUAUGUUGCUUUUAAGUUUCUAUUUCAAGAAGGAUAAAGCAAUACGUCUUCAUGGAGAAAUGGAAUCAGAGCUCAAGUGAUUUCAUUUUGUUAGGGUUGUUUCCACAAAACCAAACAGGCCUUCUGCUUUUGCUGCUCAUCAUCUGCAUAUUCUCUGUGGCCUUGCUUGGCAACUCAACAAUGAUCCACCUCAUUUGUGUGGAUCCAAGGCUCCACACUCCCAUGUACAUUCUCCUCAGUCAGCUCUCUCUCAUGGACCUGAUGUAUAUUUCUUCCACUGUUCCCAAGAUGGCAUUCAACUUCCUCUCUGGCCAGAAGAGCAUUACCUUACUGGGCUGUGGAGUGCAAUCCUUUUUCUUUCUGACCAUGGCAUGUUCUGAGGGCUUGCUCCUGGCCUCCAUGGCAUAUGACCGUUUUGUGGCCAUCUGCCACCCCCUUCAUUAUCCAAUACGCAUGAGCAAAAUGAAGUGUCUGAAGAUGAUCAUAGGAUCCUGGACCUUGGGCUCCAUUAACUCUUUAUCACACACAGUCUAUCUCCUUCACCUUCCUUUCUGCCAUUCUAGGUCGGUUAAUCAUUUCUUCUGUGAUGUCCCUGCCAUGGUGCCCCUGGCCUGUAUGGAUACUUGGGUUUAUGAGUACAUGGUAUUUGUGAGCACAUGCCUGUUUCUUUUAUUUCCUUUCCUUGGCAUUGCAGUUUCCUAUGGACGGGUC